CAUUCAGAAUUCAGAAACGUUUCCCCACGCAUCUUGCAACUUACCGGAAUGGAUUUGAAAAUAAUUUUGUUUAUAAGUGCAGUGUAUGGUUUUGCCAUAUCAUCAACAUCAGCAAAAUGCGUAGUCAAUUUUCCAAUUGAUCCAGCUGCAAGGCCGUUUGUGCUGAAAAACAUUGGAAGUCACAUGGUCAGGAUAAUGGAUGGAACACAGAGUAUCGUAUUAAAAAAUAACGAUCAAAUAACUGCAUAUUGUCAAAGAACAUUUGAAAAACCUAUCGAGGCAGUGGGACUCGGGAAAUAUACCUACAAAUGUUCUGAAAACCAAAACUUUUACAACUACGGUUAUCGUUAUGAAGAAAAAAACGUGGCAAUGGCGUGUGCAACUCCUAAAUGGAACCUCUACGAGACAACAAAGCCAUUCAAAUGGUGUCUCGAACCACUGGUGUCAUAUGUUGUAGCCGCGCAAUCUGGUGAUGAGAUCUUGGGCGGUAUUUGCUAUAACUUGGAAGAGAUGGCUUUAAAUUCUCUAUAUGUUGCGGCAUCACCUAACUUCGUUGAUUAUUUGCAUCCAUCAGGCUUAUUCAACCACACCAAGUCUAUCGAAAUCGAAGAAAUCCACACAAAUUUCAUCUCUUGGAACAUCCAAUUAAGUCAAUUUGACAAUCCACAAUUUAAGGAGUGGUUGAAAUUUGCCAGCUAUGAACACCAUUCAUUAAUACAAAAUAUUAAAAUUGCUCAUGAAGCUUUUGACAAAUUCAGUCUAUUACUAAAUAUUCCCUGGUGGACUGGAUUACGUUUGGGCAAUUGGCAUCGCUAUGAAAUGGCCUUGGAAAAACACAUUGAAGCUGGACCCCACACGUACGACAUAUUAACCGGCAUUUCGAAUACAAUAUCCAUGCCCAUUAGCAAUUCUUGCAAAGUCGAACAGGAACUACAAAUGGUCGAAUUAAAAGAUCAGAAAAAUCACACUGUUCCACUGUAUGUUUGGCAGUAUUUAAAGUCCACCGGCAAUGUUACCGAUUUGGAUGAGAUAUUGGUAAUUGGAGUGAAUACACCAUUUCAAGAUUUCUACGAUGAAAAAGAACUUGUUUUCUGCGAGGAUAUCUGCCACAAAAUUGGUUGGUUGCAAACGGCAUACAAAACAUUUCGCUACAAAACAAUGGGAAUUGUAUUUUGUUGCAACUACGAGGAAGUCAAAAACUCCAAGCAUUUAAAAGGAUUUCAAUCGACUAUUACUAAUGCAAUUGAUGUAGAUAUUCACUUAUUGGAUGUACAGGAGAGCAACAGUCACAAUCGAAUUGUUGAAGACGAAAUAAAAAAAGAGGAAGCACAAAAUUCUACCGAAGACGACGAAAAUGUUGAUGAAGAAAUUAUGGAUGGGGAUAUAUAUGAUUAAUUUCGACUAUGCUCGGAAACAUUUUUAUCACUCAGAACUCUUAAUUAAUGUUUCCGUGUAUUUCGGUUAGAGAUAUAAAUAUUUUAGCAAUUAAUUUGGCUACGAAUAAGCUAUUUUUUAUUUUUUUUUUUUUAGCUUUUUCCAAAAAUUGAAAAAUAUACAAUAAAAUUUUUAAUAAAUAUUCUAUUUUAUAAUAAGUUA